UUCAGUUUAACUAAAAUAAGAUGAAGUGGACAGGGUCUAAAUAAGAAAGUGUUGCUAUUGUUGUGAAAUAGAGGGAGUAUAUAAUACAGAGUAGAUGAUAAAAUAUGUCUUAGACUUUGACUAAGAUUUUUGUUUUGUUUUGUUUUUUUUUUUUUUUUUUGAGGGGAACUUUGACUAAGAUAUAGUAGCAUGCUUAUUAAGAAAAUUAGAAAGACCAAAAAGGUGAUGUAGAAGAAGCGGCUCACAGUUUAGGAGUUAGAUUAUAUAUAUAGAAAAAUGAGAAAACCCUUGAAUUGUCGCAUAAUACUAUAAGAGGCAAAAAAAAAAGGUGGUGAAAGAGUAAACCCUAUUUUUUUUUUUUUUUUUUUGCUUUUGGUUUCUCAUAUCAUAUUGGAUAUCUAAUUAAGAUGUUGAUCAACAUACUAGCUAGCUAGCUUGUUUAGAAGAUAUAAGCCCCACAACCCAAGUUGCAAGUUGCAUGUGAUUAUAUAUCAAGUUGCAUCUCCUACUUGGACUUAAUUGGAUCGAACUUACUUAUCAGAUCAAGCUAAGAGAGAGGUACUACGACGGCGAUAGUACAGAACGAGCUAGAGAGUUACAGUGGAUCCAGAAAGCGGGCAUAAUGGGAAAAGGCCGCUUCCCCAACAAGAAGAGAAACAACAGAAACAAGAAGAUGAAGCUUCCGGAAAAAGGCCAUCUACAUCCUCUAGUCAAGUUGAUGCGCAACAUAACUACUAUCCUCCUCCUCCUCCUCCUGCAGCAGCAGCAGCAUCUCAUCCUCCUCAUGUAAUGGAUUGGAGAGAUCAGAAAGACAUGAAGGCUAUGGUUUCAGCCCUUGCUCAAGUCAUGGCCUCCGCCUCCGAUUCCGAUCAUUCCUCCUUCAGCCAACCUCAUCAUUCCUCCUCCGUACCAGCUCAUGAUGCUUCACAACACCAGCCCUCACAAGAUCAACCAACUACAGCUGCAGGUGAGGGAAGUGGUAAAAAAAGACAUUACAGAGGAGUGAGACAAAGGCCGUGGGGAAAAUGGGCAGCAGAGAUCAGAGACCCAAAGAAAGCAGCAAGAGUUUGGCUGGGAACGUUUGAGACUGCUGAGGCAGCUGCCAUCGCAUAUGACGAAGCAGCCUUGAAGUUCAAAGGCACCAAAGCCAAGCUCAACUUCCCUGAAAGAGUUAUUUAUGGUCAUCCUCACUACUACAUGGCUAAUAAUAACCAGAAUCAGACAUCGUCGACUACUGCUACUGCCGCUGCUACUACAACUUAUUCUCAUGGUCAAGCUCCUAGUGGAAUGUCUUCUUCGAUUUUGUCGCAUCAGCAUCAUCAAGAUACUACUAGUAAUACCAAUAUAUACCCACAUCUUGUGCAAUAUGCACAACUUCUUUCUAGUAACGACGUAAACUUCCCCUAUUUCAUGACACACCUCUAUCCACAGACUAGUGCCAAUACUAAUGAUACUACUACUAGUGGCAAUAACUAUUAUUAUUCUACAUCGGCGUCUCAGUCUUCACCUUUAUCUUCCACCAUGACUUCAGCGGUGAAUCAGGCCGUGCCACCACCUCGGUAUGAAGAGUGGGAUUUCGAGAGUUUUUCUACCACCAGCAGCAGUAGCUCCUCUCAUUAUUGUAGUAGCUCCUCCAAUUAUAACAAGAGGCCUGGUCCCGAUAUAUGAGUUGCCCUAAUAUAUAUCUGUUUUUGUUAUUUUUCUUGGAUUAUAUUGCUGAACCUACACCUCCAACAUUAUUUUAUAUUGUGCCACCAUUUUUUUUUUCUACAAUCCAAACAACGAACUAAUCAUCAGCAUGCUAGCUCCAAACUAAUCAUGCAUGCCUUAUUAAGCUAA